GACUACUUUACGUGUUUACUUCACUGACUCGGACUGCGCACAUGGUAUCCUCCGCGAAUGAUCUCCUUCUAUGAUUGGGCCCCAGCCCAGCAAACGCAUCAAGGAAAUGGUCACAAUCCUGUAGUCGAGGACCCUGUGGCACAGAAUGACACUGAGCUACAAAAGGCGAUUUGCCAAAAGAUCCAGGAUGCUGUUGACAUUUCCGAUGUCUUCAACAAGGUGGCCAUCCAUGCAGGCAAGGCCAGCCCCAAGACCUUGGUCUAUGCCGUGCAUCGCAUCGCGCGGUACUGUCGCCUCCGAAGACAAGACAUCGGUCCGACCCGUCGGGCGGCGCGUUUCCUGUCACUCUUGGAGAACUUGCAGAGGAACCUGGCCACCUUGGACGCACAGGCCUUGACGGACUUGAGUUGGUCCCUGGCUGUCCUGAACCAUCGAGAGAAGAAGAUUCUCGCAGGUCUUUGUCAUCAGCUUUUUGCGCGAGUGGACGACUUUAGUCCAGCCAAUCUGGCGAUUAGUGCCUGGAGCUUUGCUACCCUGAACUAUCGUGAUGAUCUGGUCAUGAAACGGCUCAAUCGCCAAGCGUUGGGACGGCUUCAAGACUUUGAGGCCCAAAGUUUAGCCAAUCUGUCCUGGGCCGAAGCCACCAUGCGCUUCAAGGAUGAUGUACUGAUGCACCACAUUGCUGGAGAGGCGUUGCGAAAGAUGGAUCGUUUCUCUCCACAACAUGUGGCCAACACUGCGUGGGCGUAUGCGACCUUGGGGCGCAGGGCCAAUGCUUUGUUUGAGGCUUUGGAGGGAAGGGCUUUGCAGCUGCUCAAUGAAGAUGCACCUGACUUUGUGCCCUUGGACCUUGCCCUUUGUGCCUGGUCUUUCGCGUGGCUAGAGCAUGUGGGACCACAUUCAGAGCUCUUGCAUGCCAUUGCUCGGGCAGCAUUGAGGCGCUUGGAUGAGUUCAGCACACAGCAACUGGCAAAUAUGCUUUGGGGAUUAGACCACGCAAACUAUGUGAAUCCAAGCCUCUUUGAGACUGUGGUGCGAUGGUGCUGUUCGCGACCGAUCAGCUUUUGGCAAAGGGCUGCUGGUGAAGAGAUGGUGUCAGUCAUGACUGCGCUGCGUCCUUAUGCAUCUGGCCAUCCGGAAUGGAGGCAACUUGAGGCGUUCUUCACCACUGAAACCUUACGCCCUUUGGCACGCUUCCUGUGCUCUUCCAACACAUCAGAAGGCUAUGUUCAGGGGCUGCGCCAGUUGCGGACCUACCACGGUGGUGCUCUCUACACCUCCUGGCUUUUGGAAGAGAUCGGUAUUGUCUUUCUAGGGGAUGGCAAUGAUACAAGGGUCUCGCAGAAAGUGGAGGAUCUUCUGAAAUUUUAUUUGCUACCUCCAGAGCCAAGAUGGCUCCCUGAUGGCUACGAAGAUGAUGAUGUUCAGGCCAACAGGGCAGAGAUUCCCAGUUUGCUGGAGCUUUUGGACGUCAAGCGACGAGUGCAACCCUCCAGCCAUUUCAUCGCCUUGCACCUCUCGGCGGAGCUCGAAGUGCGGACGGCCGACGGACGAGAACUUCGUCGCAGCAUAUGGAGAGCCGUUCCCACUCGGCCACCACGACGCUCGGGCCUUUCCUUUGUGCGUGGUGAGAAGUUCGAAGAUCAUGGUGCGCCCGAUGAUGAUGAGCCGGGCUUUGGCAUGAAAACUGCGACGCUACGCGAUUACCAGCGCAAGCACCAUGCCGAAGUGACUGCCCUGUCUCAGGUUGUUGAGAUGAUCGAAGAAAUGGAUGGACAGGACGCCUCCAGUCCCUUGAGAAUCGCCGAAAGUGAACAGGAAGGCAAUGUCAGUGGGUGGGUCGAACUCUUUGUUCCCCAUUAUCCUUGUUCCAGUUGCAUCGGUGCCCUGGUGCAGUUUGCCAAACGGCAUCCGAAGAUCUCGCUCCGUGUGGGGCACGAUGACUGGCGCCACUGGCUUCGACGGCUGGACGCUCAGUGGGAUCCUCAGGAUCUUCGUCAUCACAUGCUUUCCAUCAAUGCUCGACAGCUCAGAGAGUUGGAUCAACAUAUCGGCGAGGCCAUUCCUGCUAGCUACCGAGCUGCCUUGAAGGGAACCUUGGGUUCGACAGGCUUCCGAGACGAGCUGAAGCCCGUGCGAGGCGAGGGAUAUCCGAAGGUGGACACUACUCCUGCGGCCCCAGUGAGGCAGACCUUUUAUUGAGGCUGGCAAUCGCUGGGGAGUGUGGCAAUCGCAUGCAAGGCAUGCCACUUUGCAUGGCGGCCC